AUGCUAUUCAAUAUUUUUACAGUUCUCGGCGGAUCGGUUGCCUUUGCAAUUGCAACAGCAAACCAAACUCGCCUUCCUCUUUGUUGCGAUGCGCUCGAAAGUAUCGCUGAGCUCCGCGGCAAGGUCUACUUGUCUGGGUCAGAUGCCUAUGCAGACCGGAUAGACACUUACUUUUCCAAGAGUGCGGCCCUGGAGCCAUGGUGCAUGGUGCUACCUUCAACAACCGAAGACGUGUCCCUCAUUAUCAAGGCUUUGGUCGCGAAUGAAUGCCCUUUUGGCGUUCGGAGCGGUGGGCAUAGCUCGCAUCCUCUCUCCAACAGCGUAGAGAAGGGCAUCACGGUAGACUUUGGUCACAUGAACGCAACCACCUGGAACUCGGAGAAAGGCCUCGUGUCCAUCCAACCCGGCAGCCGCUGGCAGGACGUAUACGACGUGCUCACACCUCACGGUAUCACCGUCGCGGGAGGCCGUGUCGGUUCCGUCGGCGUGGGCGGCUUGCUCAGCGGCGGUGGCAUCUCCUUCUUCGCCGCCUCGCACGGAUGGGCUUGCGACAACAUCGCCAACUACGAGGUGGUGCUUGCUGACGGCUCCAUCGUCUACGCCAAUGCCCAGGACAACCCGGACUUGUGGCAGGCUCUCAAGGGAGCCAGCGCCAAUCUGGGUCUCGUUACGCGCUUCGACAUGCUCCCAAUUGAGCUCCUUGGCCCCUCGGAGGGAACUAUCUGGGGAGGCAAUCUGAUAUUCGGACCAGCGUCGGGGAAUGAUCUUAUUGGCGCCCUAGUACAGUUUACUGAUAACGUGCACAAAGACGAGAAUAGUUCGGUCAGUGUGUCCUUCUCGUACCAGCCCAAAUUGGCGGGAGGUAUGGUAGGUCUGGUUUCCAUUGAAAACACCCUCGCCUUGAGCAAGCCACCGGCUUUUGACGGUUUCUACGGGAUUGGGGCACCCCUUAACGACACCACCAGGGUUGACACCAUGUCGGCACUCUCCAGGGAGCUCUCAGAGGGUCAACCCACGGGAUUCCGCAACAUGUUCAUCACUGCAUCGUUCAAGAAUGACCCACGACCGAUGAAGUACGCCCUUGACAAGAUCAAUAAAUUCAACGCCGAGCUCGAAGAAAUCACCCAGACCCUAAACGCAAACUUCACAACAGUUUAUACCGUCCAGCCUGUCACGAAAUCCAUCGUUGAGAAAAGCAUCGCCAAGGGGGGCAAUGUUAUGGGUCUAGAUCGCUACCUUGGUGAUGGAAACGGCAUUCUGUUCCUGCUUAUUGUAUCCACAGACGACGCUGAAGUGGAGCGGCUGGCGAUGCCCAAGGCUCAGGCGCUGGUGAGAGAUGUUGAGGCUUACGCAGAGAAACUGGGUCUGGGACGGGAGUGGAAGUACCUGAAUUACGCGCACGGGAGUCAAGAUGCAAUUGCCACAGUUGGUGAGGAGGCACUUGGCAAACUGCAGGCUGCAUCGGCAAAGUACGAUCCCAGUAGAGCUUUCCAAAGGCUGCGAACUUCGGGGUUUAAGAUCCCGCAAGACGAAUGA